AUGAAAGGAGUGAUGAGGUUUGGGAAGAAGGGAAAGCUGAGCCCAAAGUACAUAAGGCCAUAUGAGAUCAUUCAGAAAGUGGGAAAAGUGGCAUAUAAGUUGGAUUUGCCCAAUGAGCUGGAAAGGGUUCACAAUGUGUUCCAUGUGAGUCAAACUCGAAAGUAUAUACUUGAUGUGGCACAUGUGUUGCAACCGGGAACCAUUGAGAUGGAUGAGAAUUUGACAUAUGAGGAAAGACCAGUAUGGAUUCUGGAUUCUAAAGUGAGAAGUACAAGGAACAAGGAUGUGAGAAUUGUGAAAGUGUUAUGGUCGAACCAUAAAACUAAGGAGGCUAUAUGGGAAGUUGAGGCUGAUAUGAGGAAACGUUACCAGGAGUUAUUUGCCUAA